CUCAUUCUGAAUCCUUGGCGCAGCAGAUUCUAGUUGGUGGCCUACUCUGAAGAAAAUGUCUUAAUAGAGAUGGCCAAACUUUCACGACGUGCCUCGUCGUCUGCAGCAACGCCCUCCACAGCAAGAACAGCAACUACUGCAACAACCGGCGCAACAUCAGUCAGUCCAAGUCAUGCCACGCAGCCGCCAGCAAAGGAGCAACAGGAUCAUUUGCAACAGGAGCAGCCACAGCAACGGAUUGCCCGUCGUGCCGCCAGCAACAGCAACCGAAUCCAGGCAGCGGCUCUCAUUGACACGAGUCAUGAUGUCCUGCAUGAGAAUCCACCGCCAUCAUCGACACCGGCGACGCUUUCGAACAGCAGCAGCAGCAGUAGCAACAGUAACAGCAGCUACCACAGCAACACUGCCACGCCCACAGCACCCGCCCAUGCCCACGUCACGGCCACGCCCUAUAUGCCGCUACUGCCGCCGGGCGAGCGGAAUCUGACGGAGGCGGAAAACGCGGCGGAGCGGGCCAGGAUACGGGAGGAGUUCUUUGCCACGUACGACGUGAUGACGGGCGUCAGGAUCGCCGCCACUUUGGGCGGCUUCUUUGGCCUGAUGGUGUUCUUGAUCGUCUGGAAGAGUCGCAGCAGCAGCAACGAGACGAUGAAGGUGCUCAAGGAUCCCAAAAUGGCUGCCGUAGCGGCGGUGUGCAUGCAGGAGGAGGAAGAACGCGAAAUACACGACGCCAUCGUGGCCACGGGUAUGUCCAUUUAUCCGGAUGAGUACGAUGCAAUGGUCUACCGCCGACAGCGGAUGCUCUCACUGGGCAAUGUGAGUGCUCCGCCGCUGCUGAAUCGGGGAUAUCGGUGUGGUUCGAUGGGUGGCGUUGGUGUGGGUGUUCCAGCGGGCUACAGCUACCUGCUGGAGCCACCACGUCGCUUCUCCUAUUCCUCGAUGUCCGGCGCAGGAGGUCAUGUGGGACGUCGCAAGAGUGGGUCGGAGUCGUCGCGCAUCUUCAGCAACUAUCCAAUGGGCGGCAGCUUUGGCACGGACGACUAUUUCGUGGAGACGGAGGACGAACUGGAUGCGGAGGAGUAUAUGCAGCCAGGUGCCGCGGAGGAGCCCGAGCACCAGCACCAGAGAACGGAUUCCACGCGCAGCAAGCCGGGAUUUCUGUCCGUACCGAUGGCGGGCCAGGACUCUCGGCGUAGUAGUGCCAUGACCUGCUGCAGCACCGAUAGCUCCUACCUGGAGCGGCGCACGUCUGCCUACAUGGGCGGUUGCAUGGGCAACCUGCCGCCCACGCUGCAACGGAAGCUAUCGACUGCCUCGCGGACAUCGAGCAUCGAUAACUGGGACUACUACUACCCGGACAUUCAGGUGAUCCAGCCAACGCCCAAGGCCUCGCCCUGUCCCUCGGAGCGCAGUGUCCACGAAGGGUCGGGAUCGGGUUCGGCAAGCGGAUCGAGGACGUCCAAUCUCAGUGCAUCCAAUGUCAAGCGAAAGCACAGCAUCGUGUCCUAUGAUCCGCACAGUGCUCAGGCAGGCCGGAAACAGCAGAUCCACUCCAUCAGCGCGGACACUGUGGACGUCUAUCCGUACAACCAGGAGAGUAGCGUGGACCUGGCUUUGGCUCUGCCACUUCCCAAGCCUGUGCAGUCUGCCCCGCCCACCAGUGCCCACCAGGCGUUCCACUUCUGCGACUCGCCAUCCGAGGAGCUGCGUCUGGGUGUGCGGCGAAAGCUCACGCUGGUGGAGCUGCAGCGCAACGAGAGCAACAACAACAGCUUUCCGUACACGGCCAAUGCAGCGGUUCCGGCCGGAGCGGCGGUCACGGCAGCCAGCUCCAGUAGUAUCAGCGUGGACAGCACUCCGGUGAUUCUGGAGCGGUUAAAUGGCGCGGGCAGCUGCGGAAGCGCCAGUCUGGCCACCAUUUCCGUGUCCAACAAACUGCCGCCGCUGGGCAAUAACAAUCCGGAGAAGCGAGCGCCGCUGGCCUCACUAAGUUCCUUCAAGAUCUCCUCGCUGGAGUGUCCCGACUCCGAGCUGCGCUCUCUGGAUGAGGACUCGAUCUUUGGGCUGGAGAGUCCGGCGGACACGGACGAUGACAUGCAGCAGCUGAGCAGCGACAGCGAGGAACAGGAGGCGGCAGCCCACGCUGCCCAAGUCCAGGCCGCCUCGAUCCGGGCUAGUGGCGAAACCAAGCCCAGUGCUGUGCUGCAUGCCUUGCCAGUAAAACGGAUGAGCCUAAGUGCGGUGCCCUCUGCGGGAUUGACGAGUGCUGCCCUGACUAGUGGUGGUGGUGGUGCUCGUCACCGGCGACCGCUGCUCCAACGACAUCGCACCAUCAGCGUCACUUCCAGCGACCGAGUGGCUCUUAUCAAUCAGCCUCUGCAACAGUUCCACAUGGGCUUGCCCAUCCAGUCGGAGGCGCCACCGCUGGAAACCCACUUUGGAGCAGUGGUGAGCCAGAGUCCCCCCCGGCGGGGACCUCUGCUGCAACAGUACAGCGAUCCGCAGACGACGACGACGACUACAACGACCACCACCACGGAGGAGGACACCUGCUCCACCCUGAAUACCGAGCUGGGGUUGGUGGAGGCGUCGGGAGUAACUCUCGGCGGUGCGGAGUCCGCCACCCACACCCAGUACAGCAGCCUCAACACGGUAAUCAGCAUGGGCCGGUCCACGCCCAGUCCCGUUCCCGUUUCUGUUCCUGGUCUGGCCAUACGGAUGGACAAUAAAGCCGCCACCCAAGCCACACAGCAGCCAGCUCAACUGCCAACAAACGCCAUCCGGCUGGGACACGAUCCCUGCCCCUCGUCCGUGUCCGACUCGGUGAUAGCGACCCGGCAGCAGAGCAUCUGUGUGCCCGCCUCCCUAAAGGAUCUCAUCCUGCGCAAGGGAUCGAGUCCCGCUGCAGUUCCCACCAGCGGUAUCAGUCGGAGUGCAGCCAAUUUGAGCUGUGAAGGUGGAGUCACUGCAUCAAACACAACGACUGCGACGCCCGCCGUCAUGCUAGAGCUUCCCCUAAUCCGCCUGCCCCACGAGGACGAGGACCAGCAGGAGCAUCACUCCCACUUGGAGCGCGAGGGCGGAGGCUUGGACGGCGAAAAGCGCGAUCCCAGCCUGCCCGGCACUUCCAGGAAAUGGUCCAAGGAGACACUCUUCUAGCCCAGCUGGUUUCCACUGCUCCAACAAAGGCAGUUCCCUGGGCCGGGCCACUAAUUAAGAGCUUAGCAACUGACUUUGUACGCAUGGUGAUGGGAUCUACAAUGAAAACUUCCCUGAGAAGGAAAAGGACUUAUUCUUUUUGAAGUACUUCAAUAAAGUUUAGGGAAACUUAAAAU